UUCAAUUAUUAGGGGAACCAGAGAGUAAAGAAGGCGAAUGUUGUAAUCAGACAGGUAUGGGGAAUAGGAGAACGGAAGUUUAAAGGGGACUUUAGAAGAAGACUUCUAAUGUUUGAUAGUCUGGUGUUAGAAGUGAUGCUAUAUGGGGCGGAGGUUUUUGGAUGGAGGAAGAAGGCGGAGUUGGAAGGGGUACAAACAAAGUAUAUAAGGUGAUGUCUAGGUUUGGAUUUCUGUACUCCAAAAUACAUGAUCCUAGAGAAAACAAAAAGGGAGAAAAUAAGAAUCAAGACGGGGAUAAAAGCUUUAAGAUUUGAAGAGAAGAUUAGGAAUGCAGUCGGCAGGGAGCUGUUAAAGGAAUGCCUGAAGGAACGGUAUAGUCAAGCGGAAGUCGCGGAGUUAAGAGAAGGGGAGAGAGAUGUAGUGAAAGAGAUAAGGGAGAGAGAUAUCCAAGUGCAAAAACAAGUGCAAUACAAUAAGGUAAGAGAGGCAACAUAUAACAGCAGAUAUAAAUACAUUGUAACAGCACUACGGCCAGAGUAUUUAAAUAAAACAGGAAAGGGAGAUAAUCAAAAGCUUAUAGCUAGGAUAAGGUGUGGGAAUUUAGAAGAGGGAAACAGAUAUUGGCUGAAAGAGGAGGACAGGAAGUGCGGGUUGUGCAAAUUGGAAAAAGGGACGCUGAAACACCUCAUAGAGGACUGCCAGGACUUAGAAACAGGAGAAUUAAAAGAGGAAACGCUGGUAGAGGGGAGGGCGGAUGAGAGGGUAGCAGAGUGGGUAAGGAAGAUUGAGAAGAAGAGAAAGGAAAGGAGCGGGCAGUAAAAAAUGUAAAAUACAAAGAGAUCAAAGUUAAUGUUAAGGGUAGUUUAAGGAUUCGCUGUACACUGGUCUUCAAAAAAAAUGGGACACUAUACAAUUAAAACGUCAUAACUCAGAGAGUUUUCAACCGAUCUUCGGGAAACUUUGUGAGAUUUAGUUUGGAAGUGUACUCUGGGUGUGUGCAAAGUUGCAUUGACGAGGGUUGAUGAGAAAGGUUAUUUCAUCCCCCCUAAAGAGGUAAUGCAGAAAAACGGUAGUUCAGAACGGUCCAGGGAUGACGGAGGGGUGGUAAAAAAAUCAAAAAAACCUUUGAGGCGACUCUGUUCGAUGCCCCCCUACAAAACGCCCCACCCCCACUAAAAUCCACAAUUUUUCGACGACAGUCCCGAUUUUGGACUCGAUGCAUUCUCUGAACUCCCCUGAUCCAGGAAAUGCCAUCACUCAUGCCGUGCACCCAUAGCCACCCCUUGAGGGGUUGAAACAGCUCGCGACUUUUCAACCCCCUUCGACAGGGAGGACUUCCAAACAUCAAAGAGCGAUGAAAUUCACCAUGUUUGUUCUUGAUACAUUAAGGAUGAAUGCUGAAAAGGUCCCGUUUCGAAAACUGACUCCGGAGCUGAAGGGAGGGGGCAGAGGUAGGGGUGGUCCACCCCAAGUGUAAGGGUUGGAACGAUGUUUCGUUUGCGUGGAACACAUGUAGUACGGCCCAAGGCAUUGGAGUGGCACAGUUUUGAUGUUUUUUCCCCUCGUGAAUAGCAUUACAAUAUGAAAAUGUCGUUUUUUUGGAAAACCCACCUCCCGUCUUCAGAACCGUCUGUGGGGUGCAAUGCAAGUUCAAAACCUCCCAAAAAUAAAAAAAGACUAAUUAACAUCGAAAC